CCUCCUUCUAUACGCCCUUCAUCUCCGACACUCACAUCCUCCUCAUCAAACCGCAACCAUGUUCCGCAACAACUACGACAACGACUCCGUCACCUUCUCGCCGCAAGGUCGUAUCUUCCAGGUCGAAUACGCUCAAGAAGCCGUCAAGCAAGGUUCCGUCGUUGUUGGUAUCGUCAGCAAGACCCACGCCGUCCUCGCCGCAGUGAAGAGAAACGCCGAAGAACUCUCAUCCUACCAAAAGAAGAUCAUUCCCGUCGACUCGCACUAUGGCCUCGCCCUCGCCGGUCUCGCCUCCGACGCCCGCGUCCUCAGCAACUUCAUGAAACAGCAAUCGCUCUCAUCCCGCCUGACCUACGGCCGCCCCAUCCUGCUUUCAGAAAUCACCUCGCGUGUUGCCGACCGCGCUCAGACAAACACCCAGCAAUACGGUCGCCGCCCUUACGGUGUAGGUCUCCUCGUCGCUGGUGUCGACGCAAAGGGCCCUCACCUCUUCGAAUUCCAACCUUCAGGUAUCACUCAGGAGAUGGUCGCUUGUGGUAUCGGCGCUAGAUCUCAGAUGGCAAGAACCUAUCUCGAGCGCAACCUUGAUCAAUUCGAGGGAAGCAGUAGAGAGGAGUUGAUCAAGCACGCUCUGCGCGCACUCAACGAGUCACUGCCUCAGGACAAGGAGCUUACUGUCGACAACACUUCGUUGGGUGUCAGUGGAUUGGAGGAGAACUUCACCAUGUACGAGGGUCAGCAGAUUGCUCAGUGGUUGGACACGACGUUUGAGAACAGGAAUGACGGUGGUGAUGACGAUGCUGCUGCUCCCGCUGCUGAUGCACCGGCACAACCGGAGGCUGCUGGAGAGUCCAUGGAGGUUGACUCAUGAUCUGGAGAGAGAAACUGAGAGAAGCGGAAGCUGAAGAAGAGCAUUACAAUUGACGUCCUGACAUGAUGUGUACCAAAUACAAACCUUUCAUCAAACCCGUUCUCCGCAUUUGCUUCAGUAAUGGAGACGUAAAAGGGGCAUCAAUGGUAGUCAUGGGUCCAGCAUAGAGCAAACAAAUGAUGAAACACAUAUCCCAC